AUGUCGACCACUCUGGGCUCUGGCCCUCGUUGCCGGAUUUUCUCCUUUCUGCUCUGCGGAUUUAUUGCCGCGUGGUGCCUUGCUACUGCAUAUCAUCUGUUUGACUGCAUGGAGCCUAAUGAAGCCACUGCAGCAACUUUCACGAACAUUGAUCUCAUUGCGCAGUGGGCCGGCAUUGAUGGCGCACGAGACAAUCCACAAACUCCGAGAGGGUCACUCUUUCGAUUACUAGGCCUGCACGGAGCAGAGCCACCAAGGAUUGUAGCCGUGUUGCCGCCUGCCGACAUUCAGGCAGUGUUAGCCACUUGGAUGAUCCCAGCAGAUGCACCACCUCACGCUCCGGCACCUCCUACCAUAGCCCAACAAGGUCAAGUUGGAAUUUUCCUACGGACAUGUCGCUGGAAGUGCGGCAUUUUGCCUGCACAACUUACACCACCAGCACCACCAGUCACUGCUACGCCGGCACCAGCAGCCGGUAGCUCGGGGGCUCGAAAGAUCAAAAUGGCCAUGGUGAUAAACCAAGCAGAUGACGAGGAGGUUGACAACCUCGACCAAGUAGCUAUCACCCAGGCCUACAAGACCUACAGGGAACGAGUGGGAGGAUUCCCACCAGAUGAUGAAGAACUCAGUGGAGAACAGCUUUCCACGUUGUAUGCGUUGUUCAAAUCAAACCGUGCACCUUACACGGACAUGGCAGUUUGGGGCCCGUUUCAACAUCGCAUUCAAAAGAAGAUCAAGAUGAAGGGCAUGCGAUUCAACGCUGCUGGUGAAAUUCUUCCCAUCGAGAUGUAUGGGCCGGCCGAUUUUGAGAGCUGGCGCGAAUGCUACAUGGUGUUUCGAACCGGAGCCAUCAUGUUCGAACAGAUAUCACCUGCAAAGUUGGAUAUGUAUGAGAAGCUCAUCAGGCAAUAUCAUGAAAGAUACGGGCGUGUUUGCUGGCCCAUAAUAUACCAAGCUGAUGUGAGGGCCAGACAAGAACAAGUGGAGAGAGUUCGUCGACGUGGGCAGGAGUCUUUUGACACAGCACAACGAGCCGGGCUGAGUCACGACUUUGAUCCCGCGAGACCGUGGGAAUGGGUCUGGGGUGAGUUGACCCUUGAUGUCAACUUCUGGAACCGCGAAAUUACAGAACCCUGCAUGUUGUAUCUGGCCAAGACGUCUAGCAUCAACCAGUUACUUGACAAUGAUGCACCUAUUGCCAAAGCACCGCCUGGCCAGAACAUCUUCUCUGCAACUUCGACUACAGCAAGAACACCUGACACCUCCAGGACGUCCACGAAGCGACCAAGAGGGCCGGAUGUUCGCGAACACAAAGUGGGUGAAGAUGGGCUAUAUACUCACAAUCGCAGAGGCAUUGAGUUGUGCAAGUUGUUUCAGUCUGGCGAAUGUGUGGAGAAAGACCAGCGCGGUGCGUGCGCAAGGAACUCCACCCGACGACACCAGUGUGCAAAGUGCCUGUCGGAUCACCAUGGCGCCAGCAAAUGCCCCUCGGAUGGACCACCACGACCUCCGAGGCAAAACCAUGGAAAGGGCAAGGGCAAGAGCAAAGGCAAGAAGAGCACAAAUGAAGACAGUGACGAUGACACCUUGUCUGACAGAGGACGCGAAGACGGCUUUGCAGCAGCAGUCAGGGACAGAGGCCACAAGUGUGUUGAAUAUGACCUGGUGAAUGGUACAGAACAAGAUCUGGCGAAUGAUGCAGUUUGGCAAAGUCUGAUCUCCGACAUCCGAGCUGGAAGGUAUGAUGCAAUGCUUGCAGGACCACCCUGCAACACCUACACCAAUGCUCGUCAACUAGAUGGAUUGGGACCUGGCCCUCUUAGGGGAGCUACAGGUGACGACCGAUAUGGGUUGCCUCACCUCCGGCCGGAUGACCAGAUCAAGGUGCGAACUGGAACCUUGCUGGCCGUUCGCACGGCUGAAGCAGCCACAGCGAUGGAUGAGCUGGAAAAGCCAUGUGUUGUUGAACAGCCACGAUGGAAACAGGAUGUGAACAGUGUCUCCAUGUACAAUCUGGAUGAAUAUACAGAUUUGUUGGCUAGACCCCAUGCACGCACUGCCGACUUGGUGCAAUGUGAGUAUGGGGCCAGGACUACGAAACCAACCACGCUGGUACUGGUCAACAUUGGUGGGGAGGCCCUGCAAAAUCAGUGCUCGCACCCACCACAGCAGUGGGUAAAACCUAGCACAGGAGAACGCCUCUGGGCGCCGCACCCACCAUUGAAAGGCAAAGAGUGGUACAUACCUGCUCAAGACUGGCACCAGGACAUGCUGCUCACACCAAGGCAGAUCCAGGAAAAGUUCCGGAAUCAACCAUAUCUCACGACAGAAGCUCAAGCAUACCCUGCUCAGAUGAAUCGCAUGCUUGCGGACCUCCUGCUUGGCAGUGCUUUGGCUCAUGCAGGACCCGUGAGUCAGCAGCCGGAAUAUUUAUUGGUUGGCAAGUGGAAGAAUGUUCUCAAAAGGAAACCUCUCCUGCAGAACGACAUCACCACACGCACCAAAGUGGAAUUCACUGCCCCCUUAAAAGGCAAGCGUCGCAGAGUUCAAGACCGAGAUGACUUGGACAUGAAAUACUGGGGGGGCAUGAGAUGCCCAAGGAAGAUUUCAUCUGAGAUACCUGGCUACCGGCAGGCAGGUGUGCGAGUGUACAAUGUACUCACAAAGCUUCUACAUGAGGAUUCCACACUGAAGAGGCGCUGCUUGGAUGCCAUAGGUUCAACCACAGACUGCGCUGGCCCCACUGAAGCACAGCUUGCUACCUGCUUCAGUGCACUAAAGCGGGAGUUUGUGCAGCAUGAUGAGGUGACCAUGGCAUCGCUGGACAGUAAGCUAGAAGCCGGGCUGAUAUGGCACAUCGCGAGGACCAUGGGUGAUCCUGACGCAGACACCAUCUACACUUGGCUGACGGAAGGAGCUCCAGCCGGCAUAUCCAUGAGCAUUACAGAUCCCGGUGGCAUUUUUCCACCGGACAGCCAAGAUGACUUGGAACAGACAGCCGACCAGCUGCUGCCUGACCCUACCCUGCAUCAAAAUUACAGCUCGGUAGACAACGACGAUGCAGCUGCCCCUGAAGUGCUGCGCUUGAUCGAAACUGGGUUUGUCACGUCAUUUGCCACAUGCGCUGAACUGGAGCAUUGGCUAGGCGCCAAGCCGCAUUUGUCCAAACUCGGUAUGAUCACCAAGGAGAAGGACGGUAAAGUCAAGCGCAGACUGAUUCUGGAUUGCAAGGAAAGCGGGGUCAAUAAAAUGGCAGUUAGUGGAGGCAAGCUGCAACGACCAAGGACAUCGGAUGCAAUAGACGAUGCAUUGUAUCUGAUGAGUCAAUGUAGCGCAGACCACGGUGACACUGUGGAAUGGCUCAUCCUUGACUACAGCGACUGGUUCUACAACGUUCCAUUACACCCUUGCGAAAGGCCACACUUCACAUGGCAGUAUGGCAAGCACUGGGUUGCCUUCCGCACACAAGCACAAGGCAGCAAAAACGCCCCCUUGGUGUGUGGACGGGUGGCUGCGCUGAUUGCGCGCAUCACCCAAGCAACCUUUGGAGAUCAACGCCUGCGGCUUCAACUGUACGUGGACGACCCCUGUGUAUGUGUUCGUGGCACAGAUGAGGAGCGCUCCCAUCUCAUGGCAGCCACAAUCCUGUUUUGGGCUACACUGGGAAUCAGGCUGGCCUACAAGAAGGCAGCAAGGGGCACCGACGUAGUCUGGAUUGGAGCUGAAUUACAGCUGCAAAACCAGGGCCAACAUGAUGCUCACCUCAUAGCCAGUGCCAAACCCGACAUCCUUGCGGAAGUCAAAGCUGCCACCGAUGAUCACACCAAGGUCAACUUGGUGAAUCGUAAGGCACUGCAGACUUACAUCGGCAAACUCAACCACGUGGCGGGCAUUGUUGAAUUCUUGCGGCCCUUCCUGUCGGACCUCUACGGCGUCCUGCAUUGCACCAUGAACAGCAAGGCACCAACAAAUUGCUACUGGACUAGGCAAUGGCAGCACGUCACACACUGGCUCAUGGCCUUUUUCAAUCGAGAGCAAGGUGUAGUGCAACGAAUUUACCGGGUGCAAGCAUACUUUGGGAGAGGGCUGCAAGUUUCCAUAGUGACCGACGCCUCACCCUGGGGCCUCGGCGGCUACCUCAUGAUUCAGAACUCAGUGGUGGCCUACUUUAGUAGCCCAGUGACAAAGGAUGACGAACACAUCCUUGGAAUCCCCAUCGGCGAUGCCGCUGGACAGCAAGUGUUGGAGGCUCUGGCAGUCUUGGUUGCGCUUAAGAUGUGGCGCAAAUACUGGUCAAAGUCUGGCAUUUCUUUGCGAAUCAGAAGCGACAACGUUGCCACACUCACACUUUUGGUGAAACUGCGUCCGAGCUACAAGUCCAAGGGGCUCGGCAUUGUCGCGAGGGAACUCGCAUUGGAAUUUGGAUCGGCCAGUUACAAGCCUAGAAUCUUCCAACACAUCCCAGGCCUCACUAAUGAUUGGGCUGAUGCACUGAGCCGACAGCACCAACCAGGAAAAGAAACAACGUUGCCUGCACCUUUGCUGCGAGCCAGAGCAGAUGAGCCACCAGCCCGAAACCUGGCCUUUUACCAGUCGGCCAUGGGCCGCUACGCACAGCACAAAGAUGGGGCCCAUUGCGUGACUGCGGAACGAACGUGA